AUGUUGGACCUGCGAUCUCUGAAAUUGAUAGGUUCCAUAUCACCCCAUGUUGGAAAUUUAAGUUUUUUGAGGAAUCUAUCCCUUGGAAAUAACAACUUUCAUAAUGAAAUCCCUCCAGAAAUUGGCCAUUUACACAGAUUGAAAUCCUUAGAGUUGGAAAAUAAUACACUUAGUGGCAAAAUUCCAAGCAAUUUAUCCAGUUGCACCAACCUCAAAGGCCUUUAUUUUUCUCACAACCUUCUCACUGGAGAAAUCCCUGCAACGCUUGGCGCCUUGUCAAAGCUCUCAUUUUUUGCUAUUCGCAACAAUAAUUUGACAGGAAGUAUCCCACCUUUUUUGGGAAACUUAUCGUUACUAGAAAAGUUUUCCGUAAAUUUUAAUAACUUAGGUGGGAGUAUCCCAAAAUCUUUUGGCCAAUUGACCAAGCUUAAAAUGUUUGAUGUGAGUUCAAAUAGGUUGUCCGGUACAAUUCUUCCCUUAAUCUUCAAUCUGUCUUCAUUAGAAAUAAUUGAUGUAGGAUUCAACUACCAAAUCCAAGGGCAUCUUCCGUCGGACAUAGGUAUCACACUAACUAAUAUUCGAUUUUUUUCCACUGCCUACAAUCAAUUUACUGGAGCUAUCCCUGUUUCAAUCUCUAAUGCUACAAAUCUAGAUACACUUCAACUGAAUGAUAAUAAGUUAAGUGGAAAAGUUCCUUCUUUAGAGAAACUAAAUAGAAUUCUUUUUUUGGUCAUCACCAAUAAUAGUCUUGGUAAUGGAGGGGAAAAUGACCUGUGCUUUCUUUGUUCUUUAACAAAUGCCACCAACCUGAGCAUAUUGAAUGUAAAUUCCAAUAACUUUGGGGGAGAGUUACCCAAGUGCACAGGCAAUUUCUCAGCUACUCUUUACAGCUUGCUUUUAGAUAAUAAUAAAAUAUCUAGAGAAAUUCCUAUUGAAAUAGGAAAUUUGAUAAGUUUGGAGAGUCUAGAAAUGUGGAUGAACAAAUUAUCUGGUAAUAUUCCCUUUGAAAUUGGAAAGCUUCAAAAAUUACAAUAUUUGGAUUUAUAUCAUAAUAAUUUCUUUGGAAAUAUUCCAUCUUCUUUUGGAAAUUUAACUAUUGUGACAAACUUGUAUUUGGAAGAGAAUAAUCUUCAAGGUAGUAUCCCUUUAAGUCUAAGCAAGUGCAGAAAUUUGGUAGAGUUGUUUCUUAAUAACAACAAUCUUAGUGGUUUGAUAUCCCCACAAGUCAUUGGUCUUUCAUUCUCACCAAUUCUUCUGGGUUUGUCUAGCAACCGAUUUACUGUUGUCCUUCCAAUGGAAAUAGGAAAUUUCAAAAAUCUAGAAUAUUUGAAUAUUUCUGAAAACAUGUUGUUUGGUGAAAUUCCCGCAAGCCUUGGAAGUUGUGUAAUGCUAGAAUAUCUGGGCAUGGGAAGAAACCUCUUCCAAAGGACAAUUUCUCAAUCUUUGGAAUUUUUAAACGGUCUUCAAUAUCUAGAUCUUUCUAAUAAUAAUUUUUCUGGCCAAAUUCCAAAAUUUUUGGAGGGCUUUGUCUACUUGCAAUUUUUGAAUUUCUCUUUCAACCAUUUUGAGGGUGGGGUACCAACAAAAGGAGUUUUCAAGAACACGAGUGCAACUUUCAUUAAUGGAAAUGAUAAGCUUUGUGGGGGCAUAUCUAAGUUUCAGCUUCCUAAAUGCGAAUACGAAAAAUCCAAGAAGUGGAAGUUGACACUUUCCUUGAAGUUAAUAAUCUCUAUAUUUUCUGGGCUUCUUGGAGUAACCUUGGUUUUGUUAGUUCUAUUGCUUCGUUCUUUAAUAAAGAAAAGAAAAGAUACCGCCUCUAGUGACUCAGGAAAUUUUCUUUUGAAUCUAUCUUACCAAAAUCUCCUAAAUGUGACCGAUGGGUUCUCUUCUACCAAUUUAAUUGGUGUGGGUGGUUUUGGAUUUGUGUAUAAAGGAAUUCUUAAUCAAGGUAGACAUACAGUUGCUGUUAAGGUGUUUAACCUUUUGCGUCAUGGAGCUUCCAAAAGUUUCAUAGUUGAAUGUGAGGCUCUACGAAAUAUUAGACAUCGAAAUCUUGUAAAGGUACUUACAUCAUGUUCUGGUAUUGACUAUCAAGGUCAAGAUUUUAAAGAUUUGGUAUACAAGUUCAUGGCAAAUGGAAACCUAGAUGAAUGGCUACAUCCAACUUCAAGAAUAGAUGAGGGUCUUGAGGAACCAAGGAAUUUGAGUCUUCUUCAAAGAGUGAAUAUUUCCAUUGAUGUUGCUAAUGCCUUGAAUUAUCUUCAUCAUCAUUGCCAAACGCCAAUCGUUCACUGUGAUCUCAAGCCUAGCAAUGUUCUUCUUGAUGAUGAAAUGAUUGGACACGUAGGUGAUUUUGGCUUGGCAAGAUUUAUUUUUGAUGCUACCCAAGAUUGUUCUAUUGAUCAACCAAGCUCUAUUGGAAUAAGAGGAACAAUUGGUUAUACACCUCCAGGUGAAUAUCUUUAUCAUUUCUUAAUUUUAAUUGUCUCUUCCCAGUUCCCAGUGAUUAAUACUAUAGUUUCAAGCAUGAAAGAUGGUUUUUUAAGGAUGAUUAUAGUUAGGAGAUAG